AUCCGUCAGAGAGCCAGUGGACGUGCUGUGGUAUUAAGUGACCUCAGAACACUGGUUUAGACGACAUCCCCUCCAGCGCAAUACACUUGUUAACCAGCGGAAACAGCAGCAGGUUCACGGCUGUUUCCAUAGCUGUUAAAAACAGCUGGUUCCCACCACACACCGAGCGGCCGGUAUGGACUCGUGGCUCCGCUUCUCCGCUCAGAGUCAGGCCAGGGAGCGACUCUUCAGGGCUACUCAGUAUGCCUGCACCCUGUUGGGCUACACCCUGCAAAAGGGUGGGGCAGCAGAUGAACUCCGCAAAACCGUCAGUCAGCUGGAAACACACAUGAGCCUGACUAGAAAACUGCUGCGUCUGGGAAACUCUGUUGAGGCACUGGAGGCAGCCAAGAGGGCCAUCCACCUCUCUGACAGCGUGCUGAGACUCUGCCUGACCAUCAGCCACCUCAACAAAGCCAUGUACUUUGCCUGUGACAAUGUUCUGUGGGCUGGAAAGACAGGCCUUAUCUCCAAGCUGGACCAGCACAAAUGGAGUCAGAGGUCUUUCAGGUACUACCUUUUUGCUCUGAUCCUCAACCUGACGCGAGAUGUGUACGAGAUUCGGCUCCUGAUGGAGAGUGAAGCGCGCUACAGAGCCGCCAAAUCCCCACCCUCACCCUACCCCAGCACCACUCUGCCCGUUGACCCACUAUCCUCCUCCGCCACUCCGGCAUUACCUGCUAUGUCUGUGUGGCUCCGCAGACAGCUCAACCUGAUAGUGACUGUGCUGUACAGCAACCCGCCGCUGCUCUUGGACCUGCUGAAGAACGGCUGUGAUAUCUUCAUCCCUCUGGACCGGCUCGGGAUUUACCCCACAGGGCCAGGCUUUGUUGGGGCCUGUGGCUUGGCCUCCUCUGUCCUCUCUAUCCUCACCAUUGUCCACCCCUGGCUCAAACUCAAGCCAUGAACCAAGAUACAGGGUGGAGACAUCUCGAGGAGCCACAGGGAGCACUGAGACCAUGCAGUUAACAUACUGAUCAUCCUGUGAAGUAAGAGAAGUUCUGAAAUGAUAGUAAUGCGCCCAAAUCCCAAAGAGGAGCCCAUAAUAAGUGACGCUCAAAUUUCUUCCACUCUGCAUAAAAAACUGCUAAACACCUACCAGCCUCACUGAGAGGAUCAGUAGCAGCUCUGCUUCAAUGAGUCCACUCUGGGCAAAGAUGUAGUGAUGCUGCACACAUCAAUGACAUUCUAAUGGUUGUGGUGGGUUGCAUGUGUGACACGUUUCAGUCUGUUUAACUGAUCAUUAGCCACUCUAAUGGCCUUUGCAGGCAUCUGUUUUCCUCCUGACAUCACCUUUAUUCAUGUAAGAGAAGUCAAACUGUGACAUACUGACCCAGCUGUAAAUCUUUCAGUAAGUGUUAUUAGCAAAGCUCUUAACAACUAAUGUAUUUUAGGUUAGAGUCUCUCUUGGGACCAUUAUAAGUGUAAGGUGUUGGUCAAGACAACAUGCAGUUUUUAAAUCUAGGAGUAUAAAAAGGCAAACUGAA